AUGACGCAAAGGAAUGGAAGGACAGAUGAUAAUCUUGAAUCAGCACUGGAAAAGUAUUACGUUGGUGCUCUGCACUAUCUCAUACCCGGUGAAGAAACACCUCUCAAAAUGAUAGAGCGGUUUGGUGCGGAUUGGGGACUCAACGCUCGAGGUAUCUAUUACCGUCAUUAUUAUUCGCCGGAAUAUGUUACACCAUGCCAUAAUCUCUGGCUUCCUUCACUUCAUGGUACCCAUUGGAGCCAUGUCAGCGAAGACGGUCGUCGUGUCAGAGCAGAAAGAUUCCUCAAGCAUAGCUUGGACAACGAAAGAUUUAAGAAAAGCGAGUACGCUUGGGAAGCUGAUGCGUGGCAAGACGUUUUUGGUCUGUUAAGGGAGGACCCAGCGUUGGCAGUAGACAAACACGAAUACAACACAAUUAAGGAAAAAAGAAAUGAUGUGUCAUGUCUACUCGAUGGCCAACCAAAAUUUGUUAGAAGAAUACCGGAUGCUACUUUUGGACUUGCGACCUUCAAACCCGCAGAUUACCCCGACUAUCCCGAUUCUUUGGAUGUAUGGAGUCUAGAUCGUGACCGCCUUGAAUCCCUUCUCCUCCAUCGCCACUGCGGUCUUAUUUCAGACCCACAUUGGGGAGAUGUAGACCUAGUCUUCCCUUUUGCUGUUUAUGAAGCUAAGGGAUGGAGUGGUGACCCUCGAGAAGCUCGCCGCCAAGCUUGUUCAGCAGGGGCGGUUUACCUCGACAUGCUAGACAACUUAGCAAGAAAGCCAGGGGCUUCUGGUGGAAUAAAAAGACCAUACCAAACUGCACAGAGUUGCAAUAACCAGGUUUUUGCUCUCACAUCCUUUGGAGCUCAUUGGCAUAUUUUGGUGGGCUACAAGCGACUGCGUCUGGAGAGAGAGCAUGCCGGACAUGAAGGACUCAGUGAGUCUGUCUAUGUUUUUCAAAGGAUCUGGAGCGGCCGGGUUGUGACCAAGCGCAAAGCGUGGGAGCUCUUGUCAUUGGUCGACCAGAUACAUUCCUGGGGGGUGACAGAGCACCGAGAUUCCGUCAUUCAACAUCUAAAGGCCUGGCAUGCAUUUGGCAGGUUAUGCUAUGCCAAUGAUUCUCAAUUCCUGGAUCAGCAAUUGACCGCAGAUCCGCUCAAGGAAUAUAGGGAAGAGCAUGGUGAACCGAUCAUACUAGGACCAGUGGCAUCUUUACAGCUAGCGGGUUGGGUCAAGAACUUGACUACGGAUACUCGAGACAAGCUACGGCAGAGGGCUAUAUUUCACUUCUGGGAAGCUCGUCGACGGGAUGCUGUCGCCAAUAGCGCUGAUGAGCCUAUAGAGUGGCGCUGCGUACAAGGGGAUUGUGGCCCAGCAGAAAGCCCGGGGUAUCCAUUAACAGGCAAGGAAGAAUUCUCAACGCAUUGUCGCCAGGCCCAUGGAUACAGUGACAUAGCCAUAGCGAGGCUAGGACACGCUUUCAAAGAGCUGAAAUAUCUUGAAGAACGCCCCAAUGAGCCAAAUCUGCGGCAGAUGAAGAGAUCGAGCUGUGGGGAACCUGGACCAUCUACAAAGCGAUAUAGAAGUCAACGCUCUACAGCCCAGGGGGAGUCUGACGUCGCCAAGGGAAAAGCUAGAGUUAUUGACCUAACUGAUGACUAG